AUGGAUAUGUCGUUGGCCGGUGAGAAGAGAUUUCUCAAACUCAAUGAACUUGAAGAGCUUAGAUAUGAUGCCUACGAGAACUCGAGACUAUACAAGGAGAAAACAAAGAAAUGGCACGACCAACAUAUAAUGUACAAGAGCUUCAAGGUUGGAGAUAAGGUGUUGUUAUUCAACUCUAGGCUCCGUUUGUUUCCCGGAAAGCUCAAAUCAAAAUGGUCGGGAGCUUUCGUAAUUUCAAGGACUACUCCUUAUGGGUCUUUUGAGUUGGAGGCGGGAGACAACAUGUUCAUGGUUAAUGGUCAUCGUUUGAAGCACUACUUUUGUAAGGAUGAAGUAGGCUUGAUAGAUAGUAUGAGGCUUGAUCCAUUGGAUCCUAAGCCACCUCUUGGAUGA